GAUAUGGCUGCUGUGUGACGAAGCUGGAGCAGUGGACUGAACUUAGAGGAGCAACACAAAAUAAAGUAUUGAUCCUAUCGCGUUAUCCUCGAUCUGAUACGAAUACCAACGUCGUUAUCGCUUCUAUCGCUGUUUGGAUCGAUCCGCUCAGCCCGAGUUUGAGCAGCAAUGUGUUCAGUUCUGUAUCUGAGAGAGUUCAUCAAGGACAGACUCACUGCUGUUUGUGAAGAAAUCUUCUUAGAGGUUCAGAAAACCAUCGUCCAGUAUGAGGAGGAGAUCAGCCGUCAGCCCAGACUGCUGGAUAUGAGCCGGAAACCCGACACAAACUCACACAUUAUAGACCUCCCACAACAACAUGACUGUGAGGAAGAGGAGGGUCUGGAUGAACAGCAGAUCUGUAACCAGGAGAGGAACUCCAGUCUGGAUAAGGAGGACCCAGAGCCUCCACAGAUUAAAGAGGAACAGGAGGAACUCUGCAGCAGUCAGGAGGGAGAGCAGCUUGGACUGAAGCAGGAGGCUGAAGGCAUCUUGAUUGAUGGAGAGCAACUCAGACUGCUGGAGACCAUCUGGAAACCUGAAAUAAAGUUACACAGAAUAGACCUCCAACAGCAACAUGUCUGUGAGGAAGAGGAUGUUCUCACAGAGCAGCAGCUCUGUAACCAGGACAAGAAAUCCAGUCUGGACCAGGAGGACCCAGAGCCUCCACAGAUUAAAGGGGAACAGGAGGAACUCUGCAGCAGUCAGGAGGGAGAGCUGCUUGGAGUGAAGCAGGAGGCUGAUACCUUUAUGGUGACUCCUACUUAUGAGGAACAUGACCACAGUGAAGCAGAACCAAACAGUGAACAGCCCCUUUCUCACAGCUCCCCUGAAGCAGAGAGACAAGAUGAGAAAGAAAGCCAGCAUGCGGACUCAGGAUCAACUAGAAAUGCAGAGCUGAAGAAGUGGAGACAUCACAGUCAGAGAGUAGACACUCUUAUGUCAGACAGUCUUAGACAAACUGACAAAAGGAAAAAGUCUGCACAAUGUGACACCUGUGGGAAAACUUUUCAAAAUAAAUCCAACUUGACUACACAUCUGAGAAUUCACACAGGUGAGAAACCACAUUGUUGUAACACCUGUGGUAAAAGAUUCAUUCAAAAAUCAGAUUUGGAGCGUCAUAUAAGAACUCACACAGGUGAGAAGCCGUAUCCUUGUAGCAUCUGUGGGAAAAGGUUCAUUCAGACAUGGAAGUUGCAACGUCAUUUAAGAAGUCACACAGGUGAGAAGCCACAUUGUUGUAACACUUGUGGGAAAAGAUUUGCUGACUCAUCAGGAGUCAUAAAUCACAUGAGAGUACACACAGGUGAGAAACCAUUUUCUUGUAACACUUGUAAGAAAAGAUUCAUUCAGAAAUCAGCACUGAAAACUCAUUUAAGAAAUCACACAGGUGAAAAGCCACAUUCUUGUAGCAUCUGUGGGAAAAGAUUCAUUCAGAAAUCAGCACUGAUAACUCAUAUAAGAAUUCACACAGGUGAGAAGCCACAUUCUUGUAGCAUCUGUGGGAAAAGAUUCAAUCAGAGGACACACUUAAAGAAACACAUGAGAAUUCAUAAUUGUGAAAAGUUUUGUGCUUAAAAAAAUGUGGAACAGCCAUGCGUUGUAGCAGUGUGUUGUGGUAGAGCUCACGAUUGAGCAGAGGUCAAAUCACUGCAAAGAACUCAUAUUGAAGUCAGUAUUUUCUAUCUAGAGAAGUAUAAAUCUUUGUAUUUGUUUUUUGUAUUUUAGUAUUUAUAUGACAGGGAUGAAACAGAUUAACAAAGCUGCUUUUAAGCAAAAAUGCAACCAAUGCAAUGUAUAUAGGACUCUGAACCACAGCUUAUUUGUAAUAACAACAAUAAUAAUUAAACAGCAGCUAACACAAAUAAAUAGAAAUAUUUAAGAAUGGCAGAAGAACCAUUUUAACGAUAACAGAUUUACUUUUGUUUUCAAUUCACUUCAAUUUUAUCUAUAUACAACCGUCUCAAGAUGCUUUAUUUUGUAAAGUAAAGACCCUAGAAUAAUAACAGAGAAAAUCCCAACAAUCAGAUGAACCCCUAUGAGCAAGCACUUGGCGACAGUUGGAAGGGAAAACCUCCUUUUAACAGAAAGAAUCCUCUGACACAAACAGUCUCAGAGAACGGCAGCCAUCUGCCAUGACCAGCUGGGGGUCAGGGGAGGGACAAUAAACACUGUGGAAGAGAGCCAGAGGUAAUAACUAAUGAUUAAAUGCAGAGUGGUGUAUAAACAGUGAAAAGCGGUGAAUGAAGAAGAAAUGC